AUGAUAAAAGCUAUUUUAGUAUUUAAUAAUCAUGGAAAGCCACGUUUAUUAAAAUUUUAUAGUAAUUAUUCUGAAGAUGAACAACAACAAAUUGUUCGUGAAACUUUUCAAAUUGUUUCUAAAAGAGACGAGAAUGUAUGUAAUUUUCUUGAAGGAAGUUUAUUAAUUGGUGGAUCAGAUUAUAAAUUAAUAUACCGUCACUAUGCAACAUUAUAUUUUGUUUUCUGUGUUGAUUCUUCUGAAAGUGAAUUAGGGAUAUUAGAUUUGAUUCAAGUUUUUGUUGAAACACUUGACAGGUGUUUUGAAAAUGUAUGUGAAUUAGAUUUAGUUUUUCAUGUAGAUAAAGUUCAUAAUAUUUUAAGUGAACUUGUAAUGGGUGGAAUGGUAUUAGAAACUAAUAUGAAUGAAAUAUUGACAAGAGUUCAGGAACAAGAAAAAUUUGAAAAGCAAGAAGCAGGAAUUUCAGCAGCUCCAGCAAGAGCUGUUUCAGCUAUCAAAAAUAUUAAUGUUUCACAACAAAUUAAAGAUCUCAAACUUCCCGAUUUACCAUCUCUUUCAAAUUUUAAAAAUCCAUUUUAA